AUGUCUCGAUACGCUGCAGCUCAUUCCAAUCCUCAAGGGCCCGGAGAUGUCCGCCCAACUGCUCUCCAAAUCAUCCAAGAUGAGGAAAUGGAGGAAAAGCUGACAGGCAAAGUUGUCGUCAUCACCGGUGUAUCUUCAGGCAUUGGAAUUGAAACCGUUCGAGCCCUCGCAACUACUGGUGCAACCCUCUAUCUGACAGCGAGAAACUUGAGCAAGGCUCAGACCGCCCUGGCAGACAUCUUCAAGCCGGACCAAAUGGAGCUCGUCGAAAUGGACCAAACCUCUAUGGACAGUGUUCGCACUGCCGCAAAGACAAUUCUCUCAAAGACCGAGAACGUGAACAUCCUGAUAAACAAUGCCGGUAUCAUGGCAGUACCCGACCUCCGCCUGACCAACGAUGGUUUUGAGCUGCAGUUUGCAACGAACCAUCUGUCCCAUUUCCUGCUAUUCCAACUCCUGAAGCCUGCUCUUCUAGCUGCUUCCUCGCCGGAGUUCCAGUCUCGGGUCGUCAAUGUGGCAUCUUCUGGCUUUAGGCUUCAUGGAAUUAACUCCUCUGAUAACUACCACUGGCAGAAUGGAGGCUACGCAGACUGGAUUGCCUAUGCCCAAUCCAAAACCGCGAACAUAUACACGGCUAAUGAGAUUGAGCGCCGCUAUGGAUCUCGCGGAUUGCAUGCCACCAGCCUCAAUCCUGGCUUUAUCGCCACUGGCCUCGGCCACUUUCUUUCUGCGGAGACCAUUGAUGCAAUGCUCCAAAAUGAGGCGUUGAUGAAGACUCAGAAAAGCCUUGAGCAGGGUGCUGCCACGUCAGUCUGGGCUGCGAUUGGAAAGGAGUGGGAAGGAAGAGGGGGGCGAUAUCUGGAUGAUUGUGCGGAGGUGCAGCUUGACCCGAAGGAAGAAGGCUAUGUUAGCCACAUGUAUAGCCCCGAGGAUGAAGCUAGACUCUGGAAGGACUCGUUGGAGAUGGUAGGCUUGCUGGAUGCAUAA